GAGCCCGACACGAAUCGGCGAAACCGACGCUUAGCUGCUGGUCACAAAAGUGCUGCUUGCUUGUUCCUGGAAAAGCCACCCUGCGGUCGGACGCAAGUCACUCGGAAUCGUUUGGCUUCUCGGGGGUGCCUAAGAAUUUGAGAAUCGAAGCCUCCAAGGUCACGGCGGCUGCUGGAGGCAGGGAGUUGGAUACCUUCCGAUGCGUGAGUCUGCAUCGUGGGUUCAUGGCGCUAGACCUGGAGUCCAUGGACAGUCGCUCCACGUCCCCCCAAGAGCACACAGGUCGCCCGGGGGCCCCUUCCAGUCACCAUCCCCUCAAAUUCUCCAUCGAGAAAAUCCUCUCUCCGGACUUUGGAAGGAGAGAUAACAAUGCCAAAGACAUUCCCCAUAACGAGAACACGGCGCCCGGCGUCUCCUCGGACUUGACGAAAGGGACCUUCCCACCGGUCAAGGAGACCGGUAAAAUCGUCUUUCCAGCCUGGCUGUUUUGCACCAGGUACUCGGACAGGCCGAGCUCAGGUCCCCGCAGAAUCAGAUCCAAGCAGGCUCAGAAAAGCGACGACGAUGCUGACGGCUCAGAAAGUCCUCGAAGCCGUCGCAUCAAGAAACGAGACAAGAAGCCAGAUGAAAAGCGACCCCGAACAGCCUUCACGGCCGACCAGCUUUCACGGCUUAAACAAGAGUUCCAGGAGAAUCGGUACCUGACAGAAAAGCGGCGGCAAGACCUCGCAAGAGAUCUUAAGCUCCACGAGAACCAGAUCAAGAUCUGGUUCCAGAAUAAGAGGGCCAAAAUCAAAAAAGCCAGUGGACAGAGGAACCCUCUAGCGUUGCAGCUCAUGGCUCAGGGACUCUACAACCACAGCACCAUUCCCAUUCGAGACGACGAGGACGACGAACGGCCCAAGUCCUCCUCAUCCUCAUAGUGUACAGCGAAUUCUCAGGUACAGAACCCACCGCACAGCCACAGCCCGAGAGUCCUGCAUGGGUCCUGCAUCGGUCUAGACUUCUAGAAUGUGAUCUCUGUCAAAGAAUUGCCUUCUUGGACAUCGACACAGCUACGGUCCGAGAGUCCUGCAUGGAUCCUGGAUCGGUGUAGACUUCUAGAAUGUGAUCUCGGUCAACGAAUUGCCUUCCUGGACAUCGACUCAGAGCCGAGUUUUCUGUUCCGCUGAGAUGAUUGCUAACUUUAAAUAUGGAAUUCACUAAAAUUGUAGUAAAUUAUGCAAUAAAUGUAAAUAUUCUAGCACACUUCACAUCCCGGCAUAGGUCCAAAGCAUUGGCAUGAAGCCAAAGUGAGGCAAGCCUUCGAUUUGAGAGCUCCCUUGGCCCGGCCCGUGCAGAUCUUCAGGGGAUGCUCAUAAAUUUCUCGCAUCCCGACAAUGAGAAACGGUUCUUAUUUAUGGUAACUCAUUCCUUUGAAUUUGUUGAAAUCUACUAAUUGGUACUCACUCCUUCAUAUCGUCAAUGUCAAGAAACAAGAUGGCUGUUAAUGCAAAUGAUUUAACUGAUGGAAAGAUGGCAGAACUAUUCUGUUGUUGGCACAUUGGCGAUAAAUUCAGGGAGCGCCGAUCGGUAGAUUUCAACUCUUGAAUUUACUCAGAUCACUUUCUGUGGUUAAUCUAGAUGACUUAUAGUGUUCUGAAGCUAUUACCAAAAAAAAAACAAACCUUCUCUGCAAGCCAGGACAUGUUUGGACCUGAUGGUUAAUGUGAUAUUUCAUGAUUGAUCUAUGCAUUUUUCCGAGGUUUCUCUUGUACUUUACAGAUGGACAUUUAAUUUAUUCCUGCACACCGUUUUGGCGAGUUUUUCCGUCGUCUGUAGCAUUUAGAGGAGAGUCACCAUAAUGAGGACGCCAUCACCACAUCCGAACUCUUGCGCUGUUCCAAAUCAUGUCGAUUAUGUUCCUUUGUAUAUUAUUGAUGUUGGUUACUUUCGUUUCUUUGUGUUAUAAUUUAUGUAGACUGAUUUUGGACUUGCUUUCUGUACGAUAGAAGAAUCCAUAGCUGUUCUGAAGGGAUGAAUUUCCAUAAAUUCAAUCAAAAUAGCUUUUUUAAAUAUAUUUUUAUCAGUAUACUCAAAAGCAAUUUCUUUUAAUUCUUUUUUAUUUUUUAAAUAUCACUUUGUUAUCAUAAAUAUAUCUUGAAAUAAUCUUUUUUCCUCAAAUUAACUACAGGAAAAUGUAUUUAAAAGUGGAAUUCACUAUAGAUUAGGUGGUAUAUCUAUCCUACACUAUUUAGGAGGUGCCUUUGAAAUAGGAUAUAUUCACCUUUUUGUCUGUUAAUUAUAACAAACGAAAAAGAGUGAAAAAUCAAAGAUUCAUCUUUACAGAGAUAAGACAAACCAAACUCAUUAAAAUUGGAUAAAAAGAUUGGGUAAUUGUUUUCUUGGGAAUGGUAAUUGCAUUUUUAGAUUAUUUUAUAGCAUUUUAGAAAAUCUUUUUUAUUUUUAUUGAAAACUAAUUGGGAUGAAAUUGAAAUGUAUUUAUUUAUUUAUAGAAAUCAUCCCUCUGGUUGCCAGAAACAUACUAUUAAAUAAAAUGAGUUUUUUCAGUAAACGUACUCUUAUAUAAAUAAAUAUUCAGUAGAAAAAAAUCAAAGUAUCCAUUACCAUUACUUCAAUCAUGUGAUUUCAAGGACAAAAGGCAAAAAUUAACUGCACGUGUCAUCUAACGUACACUGCACGCUGUUUUAUGCUGUCACGUUAUUUCUUCUUCAGCAAAUUAAAAUUGAUUAAAAUUCUAAUUAAAAGCUCAAAUUGUCACAGGCUAUUUGGCAUGCAUCAUACGAACAUGAAUUGAAUCGUGAUAGGUUUUUACGAUCGCUGUUUCGUAGAUUAUUAUCAGUUUUUAGACAUAACCAAGUCAUGAGUGAAAUGAAAAUUCAAAUAAAUUUAUAAAAAUAGCUGCGCCAUCGUCAAUUCCUUGACUUUCACAAACUCUGAAACCAGACUGUAAAUGAGCAGACAUUUUAAUACUAACAGUCUUCUAGAAAGCAUUCAGAAUGAGACGAUCUUAUCUGCUCUUUUCUAUGAGAAAAUGGUGAGAAAUACGUGAAAAUAAGUUUAAGAAAUGAGUAAAAUUUGAAUAAUUUGUCACACGUAUCUUGACUGUAUUUGUUUGGAUGAGUAAAAAAGCAGCGUUUAUGAAUGUUAAAAUGGAGGAAAAUAUUAAAUCAAUGAAGACGAAUUCCAGAAAAGUAAAAUAAUUUUCCCCAUUUUGAUGACACAUGCAUCUCAAAUACUAUACUCUAUUAAAAAAUUUUGAUAAUCAGGAAAUUUUGUCAAUUCACGUGAAGUCGUUGCCAUAUGACUAAUCUUACUACCCUAUCAGUUAUGGAAGCCUAAGAAUUGACACCCUUCUUUCUCCUUCAAGAUACACAGUGGAUUCCAAAAAUAAAUUUAUGCGGCGCAAUUCAUAUAUAUUACAUUGGCGUGAAUUGGGCGUUUCCAGCCUUAAACGCCUGAAAGUUUAAAUUUGACAGUUACACCUAUAUUUAAGUAUAAGUUUAAUUUUCUCUUUCUGAUUUAACCCUUGUUGUAGUUGUUACUUAUCCCCUUAUCACUGACAAGUCCGCUGACGAAGUCAGCGAUUUAAGCCUGAGCUUGUGCAGUAACUUCUAAGAGUAAAGGCCCCUGAGUACACGAGGACAGAAGUCUGACUUUUAACUCAUAUGAAGAUGACACUCACACAUUCGCUUGCACAACCCCUUUUUACGGGGGGGGGGGUGCUUUCACACACCUCACAUAUAGAACACAGGGAGGGGGACAACUGUACUCGAACUGGGAUUUUAACCUGGGAUGCCCAGAUCACGGGGAAGACGCGCUACUCCUAGGCCAGAACGUCGGCGUACAGCCCCUUUUGAUUGAUAUUUAAAUUCAAUGCAAUUUAAACUUAAGGAUAUGCAUCAUUUCUAAUUCAAUUAUUAUCGCUCAAUGAAGUCAGAGCCAAAUCAAACUCUUUAUGGAUCUUUGGUUGGGCCUCCUUCCGUCUUCCAAAUUACUAUUAUUAUUAUUAUUAUUAUUAUCUAUAUUAUCAGCUAUUAAAUAUUACUGAAAACUAAAAAAACAAACCAUUUAAUUGCAGAUCUUCAUUUCCAUUUGGUAAAUCAUACAGAGCCUGUCAUCUUACUACAUAUUGGUUCCAUUGUGUUGUGAUGCCACUGGAACUAUGAUUUGAUUCGUUGAUAAUGGUACAAAUGCUUAGGAUAUCUUUUUGGGAACCUAGUUGCAUACACAAGUAUUGCACAGCAUUUUAUGACAUUAAUCAAUGUUAUUAAUAUUGUAUAAUACUGUUGAAUAUUGUACAAUAUCAUAUCAUAUCGCACAAUAUUGUACACAGGCUGUGCUGUCUGGGUAGGGGGCAUCAUGAAGUUAAAAUGCUAAUGCGUUUAUAAUGAAGAAAGAGUGAAAAAUAAUGCAAUAACUCUGAUGCCAUUUACACCAAUGUCGCCAAAUUCUUUUUUAUCUCCCACAACAUGCGCCAAAUCCAGUAUGCAAUCCAAAUUUUGGAAAUAGAUUCCAAAAUUUAAUUUCAGUAUGCCUUUUCCUGGCAUCAGGUAGAGGAAAUGAUUAAACAUGCCGGAGAUUCCCAAACUUCACUUUGUUUAAGAGAGGGUGUUCUAAAAAGUAUUUUUUUUUAGUCACUAUGUUUUAAAAUAACGCAAUUUUUUGGGAACUUUCAAUCAUUAUAAUUUUGAAUAGAAUGUAGAGAAAGAUAUUAUGCAACAAUAAUUAUUUUCUUAUUUUUUAAUUUCAUUUAGUUAAUUUUGUUGAAUUUAAUUUUUUAUAUCCUUAAUUCGUAUGUAUAUUUUAUCAAAAUAAAUCACGGAUUCAAGGCAUGAAAUGAAAAGCAGAGUUCUUAUCAUUUUAUUACUAUUUUAUAAAAGUUACUAUUUUCUACGCAACAUGGAGUAAAUCUCAAAGCUCAAAAAGGGAGUUAGUUAAUCUAAUACUGAAAUAGCGUUACUUUAUCAUUAAAAUAUUUUACUAUACAUCCAUACUUUAUCAUUGAAAUAUGGAAAAGUAUGAAUAAUAAAAAUAAGAUUAAUAUGUUAAAAAAAUCUAUAUUUAUUGCCAAUUGUUUCUCAUCUUUUAUCCAUCGCCGAUCUUAUAAAUAUAAAUGCACUCAUUACUAUCACAUAUUUUAAUAAGAGUAUGAAUUCACUCAGAAUUAUCACAUAGUGUAAUAAGAAUACGAAUUCACUCAUUAUUGUCAUAUAGUUUAAUAAGAAAAGGCAUUCACUCAGUAUUAUCAAUAUAAUAGCAUGUUAAGAACAUGAUUUUAUUAACCAGAAUUAACUAGAUUAUUAACUAGCUAGAACUAUUUUAUUAAAAAGCUUCAGUAUUCAAGAAAACUAUGGAUUCUUCCUCAUUUAUUUGAGUAUUUUUUGAAUUACCCGGUAAAGGUGAGAAAAAAAAAUCUUCAUCACGAUGAUUUGAAAAAUCCUUGUUUUUAUUUUAACAAACAGAUGGACUGAUGUGUGUUAUUCUGAAAUAUAUACAUACAUAUAUAUAUAUUUAUUCGAUGAAUUUCUUCAUUUGUUGAAGAAUUGUGACUUUUUCUUUCCCGAGAGAAAUUGUUGAUUUACUACUGUUUUUAUUUCUAGUGUACAGAGAAAGAAAAUUUUUAUGUGAUCUGAA